UCGCGGUGCGUGGCCAGUCCCGCGUGGAACAAAAUCAGUGGUUGAGACGUUGAUUAAAACCCAGUGAAUAGACCCACUGUCCAAUGCAACAUCAAAACACAUUUGCCGAUUGAAUUUAUGAAUUGAUAUCGGUUUUAUCGAGCGUAAGAGGCAGCUGAAAAAUCGUGAAAACACAUCAUCAUCGGGGAAUUGUCUUCACCCAGUGAAUUAAUCGAGGAAAUAAUGAAGAGGCAUUAUGUGAGGUCAUCGGUGCGGAGUAGAGACUCAUCAAGCACAUCAACAGGUUUAGACCCCAGGGAAAGAGUCAAGGACUGCUGCAGGAAGCUGGUGGCAUUCAUGUGCACGCAGGUUGGUGUUGGUGGACUAGUCGUUGGUUACGCUAUCGUCGGGGCAAUGGGUUUCAUCGCCAUCGAGACGCAGGAGGAGUAUCCCCACGUAUCGGCGAUCAUAAAAUUGCGGAGGAACUUCUCGGAGCAGUUGUGGAAUCACACGGCGGGAGACAGAAAAGUCAACAUCAUCAACAAGACCGCGUUCUACAGAAAUACCGAUGUUAUCCUUCAGAACUACCAGAGCAGUGUGGUGGCUGCUAUCAAGGGGGGAUACAAUAACAAGACUGUCCUGGAGGUCUGGAGUGUGCCUGCUGCUCUCAUGUACAGUUUGUCGGUGUUCACCAUGAUCGGCUACGGGAAUAUGGUGCCCAGGACACCCUGGGGCAAGGGGGCAACUGUUCUUUAUGCCAUUUUUGGAAUUCCACUCUAUGUGCUGUAUUUUUUGAACAUGGGGAAGGUGCUGGCGGGGACCUUCAGAUGGCUCUACCGCUGGUUCCACGAGUGCACCGGAAAGAUCCGUCCAGGCCAGAAGAUCAUAGUUCCCUCGACCGCAUGCCUCUGGGUGAUAUCCGCUUAUGUCCUCGUGGGGACAAUCAUGUUCGCCCAGUGGGAAGGAUGGGACUACUUGGACAGCGCCUACUUCUGCGUGACAUCCCUCUGUAAAAUUGGAAUGGGGGAUUUUGUACCCGGGGCAACCUUCGCCGACGUCGCCAAGGAUGGACACCUCAAGCUCGUCAUCAACUUCAUUUAUCUGCUGCUGGGAUUGGGACUGCUCGCCAUGUGCUACAAUCUAAUGAGGGAAGAUGUCAAGGAGAAGGCGAAGGAGCUGAAGGCGGACGUCAUCGAUGCAUUUGAGGAAUUUCGAGAGAGGAUCAUCGCGUGUUGUCAUUCCGAUGACAUUUGAGAAUUUGAAAAUCUAAUUUAUUGAGCAAUAAAUUAUUCUCUGAAUAAAUCAAUCUUUCAAUGAGAGUUUUGAUGCUUUUGUUUGAAUGAUUGAGGGAAUGCUUUCUUUUCGAAAAAAAGCAUGAGCAAUAUCUCGAAUGAAUGAGCAAACAAACGAGUAAGAGAGAAUUCAAUACCAUUCUAUGAAACAUGAAUAAACGAAUCAUAACUGUCCAACUGAUUUUGGUCAGAGGAAAAUAGAAUUAUUCUACUUUCUUAAUAUAGCGUUUACUGAGGUUUUCUUUGAACAAAGCUGAUCAUGAGAUGAUCUCACAUUUU